AUGAGUGCUCCCCUGACCCGUACUGCGCUGCGCACUGUUUCCAAGGCCCCCCGCCGUGUGUCGGCCCGCAUGAUGUCUCUCGCGACGCGUGCUGCGCCACGUGUGUCGCCUUCGACGGCCGUGCCGCGCGUGGCGAUGCAGGUGCGUGGCAUGAAGACGCUCGACUUUGCCGGCACGCCGGAGAAGGUGUACGAGCGUGAGGACUGGCCGCUCGAGAAGCUGCAGGACUACUUUAAGGAUGAGACGUUUGCACUGCUGGGCUAUGGCUCGCAGGGCCAUGGCCAGGGACUGAACUUGCGUGACAAUGGCCUGAACGUGAUUGUCGGUGUGCGCAAGGACGGCGAGUCGUGGCGCCAGGCCGAGGCGGACGGCUGGGUGCCGGGCAAGAACCUGUUUUCGAUUGAGGAGGCUGCGACGAAGGGCACGAUUCUCAUGAACCUGCUGUCGGAUGCUGCGCAGACGUCGACGUGGCCGCACCUGAAGGAGUAUGUCACUCCCGGCAAGACGCUGUACUUUUCGCACGGUUUCUCGAUCGUGUACAAGGACCAGACGCAUGUCGUGCCGCCCGAGAAUGUCGACGUGAUUCUGUGUGCGCCGAAGGGCUCGGGCCGCACGGUGCGCACGCUGUUUAAGGAGGGCCGUGGCAUCAACUCGUCGGUGGCCGUGUUCCAGGACGUGACGGGCCGCGCUCUCGAGAAGGCUGUGGCGAUUGGCAUUGCCGUCGGCUCGGGCUACAUCUACGAGACGACGUUCCAGAAGGAGGUGUUCUCGGACCUGUACGGUGAGCGUGGCUGCCUGAUGGGUGGUAUCCAGGGCAUGUUCAAGGCGCAGUACGAUGUGCUCCGUGCGCAUGGCCACUCGCCCUCGGAGGCGUUCAACGAGACGUGUGAGGAGGCGCUCGAGUCGCUGUACCCGCUCAUUGCGCAGAACGGCAUGGACUACAUGUACAAGGCAUGCUCGACGACGGCGCGCCGUGGUGCGCUGGACUGGGCGCCCGAGUUCGAGGCGGCGUGCAAGCCUGUGUUUGAGCGCCUGUACCAGAGCGUGAAGGACGGAUCGGAGACGCGCCGUGCGCUCGAGUUUGGCUCGCGCAAGACGUACCGCGAGGACUACGACCGCGAGACGGACGCCAUUGCCGACCAGGAGAUGUGGCGCGUCGGUCAUGUGGUCCGCGGCCUGCGUCCCAACCGCAAGUAG